CUACAUAUCAACAAUUCAGGGCAUGAUAGCUCUCAACAGCCCCAACAGCUUCACCUACCUAGGUCAGGUUUAGGUAUAGGUCUACCUAAACCAGAUCCCAUCUCGCCUCAUCAUCAUCAGCCCAUCCCCAUCACUCCGACUACCUAUUCCCAAUCACACUCAGUAGGCAAUAGUAUACUGCAUCCCAACGGCAUCUACGGACCACCCGUUCAAGAUAUUCCUUAUUAUACCACCCAUCCAACUUCUUACACAACCGUUACUGCACCGGCACAAUACUCCUCUAGCGGACCAUCUGACCUCAUGGCAACUACAGCUCAAAUGCAGAGGCCUUCUUAUCCUCCCAUUUAUCACACCCCUCAAUCCAACUCCCCUGCUUCUGUAGCUUCACAGCCGCAUGAUCAGCAUGGUCGCAACAUCUACACACAGUCACCGCAGAUGCCGCCCCAGAUGUAUAGCUACCAACCGUAUUCUUCCAUGAACCCAGUUCAGUCGUCACCAUAUGCGGCGCAUCAGUCUCCUCAACCUCACUCUCUCACCACGCAGUCUAUGAUGAUGCCCCCUCAUACUACGACGGCACAGAUGUCACCGCACCAAACACAUACCCCGAACACAGCUUUGUCGAGCAGUCCCUCAAUGAAGAUGGAUCCUACACCACAGGCCGGAUCGUCGCAGCGACCGAUGCUCAACACCCUUCCGUCGCCAUCUAACCCUGGUCUCCACCAAAGCUCACCUCUGGGAACGAGCUCGAGCGCUGCACCAGGCCCUAUCCCCGCAACGACUCCUCUAGUCGUACGACAGGAUAGCAAUGGAGUGCAGUGGAUAGCAUUUGAGUAUUCCCGGGACCGCGUGAAGAUGGAGUACACGAUUCGCUGCGACGUCGAGUCGGUCAACGUGGAUGGCCUUAGUCCAGAUUUCAAGACAGAGAACUGUGUUUAUCCCCGGGCAUGCUGCACCAAGGACCAGUACAAGGGAAACCGACUCGUGUAUGAGACCGAGUGCAAUGCUGUGGGGUGGGCACUCGCGGAGUUGAACCCAACAUUGAGAGGAAAGCGAGGACUCAUCCAGCGAGCUGUUGAUAGCUGGCGAAACAGCAACCAGGACCCUCGUCUUCGCAGCCGGCGGGUGCGUCGACAGGCCAAAAUGAAUCGUCGACAAUCAGUUCCUGCUGUGACCCCCCACAUGAGUGCGCCUAGUCAGUCUGCACUCCCUCCGGUCCCUAUGCAAGCUUCACGCCCUAAUAUCGGACCCUUGUCUAUGGGACCCCCGCAACUGCAUCAUCAUCACGCCCCCGAUGGUAGUCCGAAGAGCCUUGAAGAAGUCAGCGGAACCACGGAAUACCCCAAUACACAUCGUUCCCUUGAUACAGGGCGUUUGCCAACAACAUUGGCCACCGAUAUCCGUCCUGCUCAAAUCUUUCACGAGUCGGGCUCUGCUCCAACUCCCGUGAGUGUCGGACCAGGUGGGCCAUCUAUGCCACCACACUUACGAGACAGUGGUCUCAGCUCUCUCGGCCGACAAGCAACGAUCGCGACCUCUAGCCGCAUGGCCCAAGCCGGCGACAUGGAAGACCAGAGUCCUAACAACCAGGAUCUCUUCGGUCACUUACCAGAAGGGAAACGGCGGACGUUCAUUCUUGUCGAAGACCCGCAGCGUGGCGCUCGCGUGAGAGUGAAGGUAAUGCUUGAUAAGGUGAACAUGGACGAGAUUCCAGACUCCUACCGCAUGACCAAUGCCGUCUAUCCACGGACAUACUUCCCGAUUCAAAUGAAAGAGGCACCCGGUCAUGUUCUCCCCAACAAGCGAUAUAUCCGCGAAGAUCCUGAGCAGACUCAUGAUCCCGAAGACUCCACAGUAGGACGAACGAUGGUCCCUGCACCGUCAAUGGACGGCGAUCGAGACAUCCACGUGCCUAGACUCUCUCGGCGCCGGCACCAUAAAGAGGUCUUACUCAAUGACCUUGCGUACCGAUUAAGUUGGAGUCAAAGCCGAGUUUUUGCGGGGCGAACACUAUUUUUACAACGAUCAUUGGAUGCUUAUCGAAAUAAAAUGCGUACGAGUAUGCUCUCAGCAGGCCAAGAGAGCUCUGAGAUUCCUGAUCAUUUUGAUACUCGUCGUGGAAAGAGACGUUUCUUGGAGCGUAGCGGAAGUCGACUGGAACAGUCAGCUUCACAACGCAGUGCGGAAGAAGUGGAGGGUUAA